AUGAUUCAUUGGUAUCGUAACAAGUACAGUCAUCCCUCGGUGGUGGAAGUUGAUAAAACUUCUUUCGAGGCCUCAUGGAGAGAAAUUUCUGAAGCGAUGCAACGACUUGGUGAAGAUGCAUCUCGGAUUGCAAGCCUUAAAGUUGCGUCACUCUUGACCGGAAACUGCAUAGAAAGGCUCGCGAAGUUUGAUUUCUCCGCCGAAGUCGAGUGUUAUUCGUCAAAACAUCAUCGUGGAACCCGCGAGUGGGUUUUCUGUCACGUGGACUCGUGGUUUCUCGAUCGGGGUUCAGAUUCGCGUGUUUUAAUCGUCGCUGGAAAUGCUGGCAUGGGAAAGACAGUUAUUGCAGCAAAGUUGUGCAAGAAAAUGAAGGAUCAGGGGCGUCUUGGUGGUAUGCACUUUUGCCAGCAUAAUAACCAGAGAAGACGGAAACCAGAGCUGAUGCUUCAGUCACUUGCAAAGCAUUUAUGUGAUUCACUUCCAGGAUUCAAAGAAAUUUUAACAGGUAAGAUUAUUAUUUUAAAAGCAGUUACGAUAUAUAAUUAUGCAAUGAAGGCUUCAAGAAUAAGGAUGCUAUUAAAGAGAGCUGCAAACAGUGAGGUUCCUAAAACACAAAGGAGGAAAAUGAAGAAAUAUUUUCACAGUAUUACUUAUUUGUUUUGCAUUUAGAAAAGUGCAAAGGGGUAUGGUCAAAGAAGAGGCAGCUGUGCUUCCCUCUUACCCACAGGUUACUGAUGAUCGUGAAUUUACCACGACCACUUGCUAAAUGGCUACUUGGUCAAGAACCUUAUAAAAUAUAAUGUGGGUAUAAAAAAAGGAAUAGAAGAUAAGGCAAAUAAGUGUUAAAUGUGAUCAGCAGCUGAGGGGAUCGCAUUUAUUAUUUAUUUCCUACAGCCCAAGCUCGUAUGUCGCGAUAUUCAUAUAUUAAUUUUUUUUUACUCACCAUCUCCAGGUCUAUUACGAAAUUAUAAUUGACGUUGGUCGUGUAAUCUCAGUAUUAGCGUUUCUUUCUGGUCAUCGCGAUGAUCAGAGUUCGAUACCUUAUCAGGUCGGAUGUUUACUUUCAUUUUCUUUUUCAUCAAUUGCUACUGACAGCAGGUUAACAAAACUGCGAUGAUCGCAUUGACGUUUUGUGAUUAAUUUUUACCGGUAAAACCCAGUGUUCAAGGUCAGUGUAUUAAAGCAUGUUUCUUGUGGAAAGUGAAAAUCAUCAAAGGCGAAAGUACUUAAGGUUACUGUUGGAAUCGUUUAACUCAACAAUUGUAUGAUUAAUGUAGCUGGAAUGAUACUUAUAUAUUCAUUUCCUCCGUUGUGUUUAACUUUUUAGUCUUUGUAAAAAUUCACGUGAUAAGUUAUACUUAGUAUUCAGAAGUGAGACAUUGUCUUUUAUUGAUAGGUCAGCUGGCCUCCGUAAGUGCUAACGAACUAGCGAGUAUGAACAUAGAAGAGCUGUUUACCCAUCUCCUUCAGGAGCCAACAAACAUCAUCGAGGACCCAGGUAUGAAUUUCCUGUUGUUGGUCGAUGCUUUAGAUGAAUGCGAGUACGAUGGAAGGAACAGACUGUUAGACGUUAUUAUGUCGCAGUUUCACAAGCUGCCAACUUGGAUAAAGUUUCUCGUGACAGGCCGACCAGAAAACCAGAUGGCCAAAAAGCUUGAGCAUUUAAAUCCCCUCGUCCUUGACGCUCAGGACGAAAACAAUCAGAAAGAUAUUGAGGUGUUUUUGGAGGAUAGUUUAAGGGAUAUCUUACCAAGCUGUGACGUGAAGGAAAAUGUUCAUCGCUUUGUCAAUCAAGCCGAAGGGCUCAAGCUUUACGCGCACUAUUUUGUCCAAUUUGCCAAAGAAAAUAAAGAAACUGUGAAGCCUGAGGAUCUCAACGACAUCUUCCCUAGUGGAAUUGCCUCCGUUUAUGACCAGUACUUUGGUCGCCUACAGAUGAAUCUCGGCGUCGAGAAUGGGCCUUUCUGCGACUUUCUAGCUUCAAUUGCUGCAGCGCGGUCUCCGUUGCCCGUUACGGUUGCUUACAGAAUACUAGGAUUCUGCCGCGACACUGUAGAUGGUAAUUCAGGUCAAAUUCAAAAGAUCUCGGGAUCCAUCUCAACCCUUCUGCCCAUUCGAAACGAGUGCAUUGAUGUUUUUCACAAGUCGAUCGUUGACUGGUUGUCUGUCCCUGAAUUAUAUGGAAACCACAGAUUCACAGUUGACUUGAAUCGAGGCAACGCCAUUCUUUCUAGUGAGUGUAUGAAGAUCUACCAGGCCAUUGAGAAUCGUCAUAAUGUCGACGUUGCUGAGAACACUACAGAAGAAAACUAUGCUCUGCAACACGGAACUUACCAUUCUACUGCCUCUGAAUGUUUGGAAAUAAGUGAAAGGCAAAGAAAUGAACUCUUUCGCCAUGCGUGCAGCCUAGAGCUCCUGUAUGCCAAGUUACAGAGCAAAGUUUGUGAUGUCUUUUCGAUCAUCGAAGAGCUUCAGUGCAUCAAGUCAAUUCUGAAUUUGCCAAAUGUGGACUCGAUGGAACUGGACGACUGCAUAAAUUGCUUGAAGCGACAUCCUUACGUUCUGAUGGAGAACCCUGAAAUGGUUUUUCAGUUUUUGGUAAACGAGGCCGAAACAACCGCAAUGAGUCUUGAAGCUUGUGCUGUAAUGCAUCAACCCCCAUUUGAGAUUCCUCUUCGGGUGGAGGUGGUUAACAGAGCCCAGUCUAAGAAUCCAGUAACUUCUAAAUUCCGAUGUAAGACCUACGUGAAUUGCUGUGAUGUUUUGAAAGAUGGCGAACACUCACUUUUGGUCUGUGGAUUUAAAGGGGGCUUUAUUCACAUGUUUUCCUUGGAGACAGGAAGGGAACUAUGGUCCUACCAAAGUGAUGACGUUGAGGUAUGGCCAGAGGAGGAACGUUGCAGGUACUGUGUAUUUGUCCCCCAUCAUGGCGCAAUCAUCUAUGGUCGAUUCGAUAGUGCUGUGACAUUUAAAGGCGAGUCCAUGCAGCUGUUUCCGGACAACAGUCAUUCUUUCAUCGAUUCAUGUGUUUCACAAGACAGGAAAAAGUUGGUGACUCGACAAACACAUUUGACUGCCGCCCUUUUUGUAUGGGAACUUGACACAGGAAACAUGCUGGCCCGUUUGGAGCAAACAACUGCCAGCAUCACCUGCUGCACAAUCUCAUCCUGCGGAAACUUUGUCAUUUCGGGUAGCUUUGACCAAGGCGUCUCUCUUUGGGACAUAAAUAAAGCACCUAACUACCGAUGUCAGCACAAUUCAUUUGACGGCGAACAACCUUUUAUAAUUGACUGUCUGGCGAGUUUGGAAGGAAGUUCCCAGCAUGUUAUUGUAAAUUCUUCAAAGAAGCCGUCGUUAACGGUGUGUGAGAUAAACACAUCCACGUGCGAGGCCUCGAAGACAACGCUCUUACACCUGGGGUCGACUCACAAAAGCCUUGGGGUAUCAAGCAGUGGAGGCCUAUUGUAUGUGUGCGGUGAUUCCCAGCGUAUCAGCUGUGAUAAUGUACCAUUUCAGGUUCGCAUUGUUCCAAUUUCCAGUGCGACGAAGUGGGAAUAUCUUAAAGAGGUGGACCUGGAAAGGGUUCUUCUACGGGACGGUGAGACCGUCUAUAUGUGCCAGUCCUUAGAGAAGGCAGAGUCUGCUGUUGUAACUGACAGAGGUGUGCAAGCCAUUUCCUUUUCAGUGGAUGGGAAACAUGUUUACGUUCUGUCCAAGGUAGGAAUGAGCAUGUACGAAGCUUCAAGUGGUCGUUUUCUACGGAACAACACGAACAUUUGCCAAGCAAAUUUCUUUGCUCUGUCACCCAAUGGAGAAUUCAUUCUGAUUCAAACCAAAGAUGCCUUUGAAAUAUACAAUUGCAAGCUUGAGUAUCAGUGGUCUCUAUUGUUUCAUCCAGUUGUACACCACUUUUUCUUCAAAUUCAUUGACGAUGACAGAGUUUUGUUCUUGUUUAAAAGGGGAGACAUUCAAGUGUGGAACAUCGCUGAGAGUAAGUUAUUUGUUGAAAAGCUGAACUCGAAUAACUCUUUGGUUGAAUGUUGCGACGUCUUUACCUUGGAAAAGAGUGCAGGUGACAUAAGCACUUGGCAUUAUCGACUUCUCUUCUGUAAUCGUCAUGGUAGCUUAAGUUUGCAUGACACGUUCAAAAGCCGCACUUUUACACAGAAGGUUUCUAAUGACCAAAUUGUCAAGUGCUGCAAGUUUUCACCAGAUGGCCGCUCAGUAGUGACAGGCCACAUUGAUGGCACAUUACGGAUUUGGGAAGGUAGCCUUUUUGAACUAAAGAAGAUUUUGCCUCCUGGAGAUGGAAUGGUCAAAGGGUGCGGUUUCUUAGUCCAAGAUCUUGGAGAUGUCGUUGUGGGCGUGCACGAGUCUGGUGCUUUUAAGGUAUGGGAUGUGUUCCGGAAACGUGUACUUGGAUUUAUGAGCUUUGAAGGCAAACUUCGUGGACUCGUUACUUCUCCGUUGAAUGCACAGGUCUGUGUCGCUCUUGAGGACAAAAUUGUCAUUCUAAAUGUUCCCAGACCUGAGAUUGAUUAAAUGAACACAUUAAACUCUUGACCCUGAUUAGCCGCUGAAAGCUUAAAGGAGACUUUCCUGUCGACAGGUUUAUAGAAACCAGAGGCAUCGAAAACGCAAGACAAAUGUAAACCAUUUUUACUUUCAGACCUAGUCUUGUUUUAUUACACCAAGUUUUUACAUAGUUUAUUAUUCAUAAUUAGGGCCAUAAUAGCAAGGCCCAGGCCAAUGAUAUGAGCCGG